AUGUCUAUUGCCAUAGCUAAUACUAAGGAAGAGGAAUACAGAUUCUAUUUCUACUGGGACUGCCACUUGCUCGCCCACUCUGGAAAAGUUUUUGCCUUGAUUAAUCACGUGAAUGACGAGCAAGUCCUCAAAAACCAGAAGAAUAGGGAUUUGGCUUGGCAAAUUAUAAAAACUCCCAUAUAUAUUCAUAACUGUCUCAUAACCGCUGUGUUAUCAAUGAUAGUCUUCGGAGCUAUAAUAAAAUUCACGCUUGACCGACUGACUCGACUGCUCACUCUUGCAAAACCCGAAUCGUUUGAAGAUCUACACGCCCGCGUGAAGAAGCUGUCUAUUCCGAACAGCAUCGAUGCUAUACUUAUGGAGAUAGAAGUGACAAGAAAAAACAUACGUGCGCCGAGCUGUUGUUGA